UUUCUUUUAGUCUCUCAGCAGGGUGAAAGCCAGAGACGCUUGUACAGAGAACUGCUGAGAAACUACAGUCGUCUUGAACGACCGGUAGUGAAUGACUCCCAACCCCUUGUAGUCGAGCUCCAGCUUUCUUUGCUGCAGAUAAUUGAUGUGGAUGAGAAGAAUCAGGUGUUGAUCACAAAUGCUUGGCUGCAGAUGUACUGGGUUGAUGUUUACUUGUCUUGGGAUCAGUAUGCAUACCCAGGAGUGCAGAACUUGCGAUUUCCAGCCGACCAGAUUUGGGUACCAGACAUUCUUCUGUAUAACAGUGCAGAUGAAAGAUUUGAUGCGACAUUUCACACAAAUGUGCUGGUGAAUUACUCUGGAUCCUGCCAAUAUAUUCCUCCAGGCAUUUUGAAGAGCACAUGUUACAUUGAUGUCCGCUGGUUCCCAUUUGAUGUGCAGAAGUGUGAUUUGAAGUUUGGCUCCUGGACUCACAGUGGCUGGUUGAUUGACCUGCAGAUGCUUGAGGCUGAUAUUUCCAACUACAUUUCAAAUGGAGAAUGGGAUUUAGUGGGUGUCCCAGGAAAGAGGAAUGAGAUGUACUAUGAAUGUUGUAAAGAACCAUACCCAGACGUGACGUACACCAUCACCAUGCGCCGACGCACCCUCUACUAUGGCUUGAACCUACUCAUUCCCUGCGUUCUCAUAUCUGGCUUGGCACUGCUUGUUUUCCUUUUGCCAGCUGAUUCAGGGGAGAAGAUUUCUCUAGGUAUCACUGUCCUGCUUUCCUUGACAGUAUUCAUGCUGCUUGUGGCGGAGAUCAUGCCUGCAACUUCUGACUCAGUCCCUCUAAUAGGUAAGUUGACUUUCUCUGCUCUGUGCACCAUGUUAGCCAGUGUGACACCCAUCUACAAGAAGGGCCAGAAGGAGGAUCUGGGGAAUGGCAGGACUGUCAGUCUCAUCUUGGUGCCAGGGAAGGUUAUGGAGCAGAUCAUCAUGAUUGCCUUCAUGCAGCAUGUAGAGGACAACCAG